AUGAUAUUAAGACUCAAACAUAGUUAUCAGAAGAGAGCAAAGGUGUUUGCAAUUGUAUUCUUAUUCUUGUUGUUCACAUUCAACAUUGCAUUCUAUAUAUACUUGCAUCGAGACACUUGGAACGACUCAAACAACAAUGAUGAUAAUGAUUUAUUAGUAGCAGCAACAAUUGGUGAUGCUGCAUCAGUCAACAGUAAUGAUAACAAUGAUAAUAAUAAUAAUAAUAAUAUACGUGUAGGAUUAAAUGCUCAAUCAAUGCCAGAGUCGGGUGGCGCUCAAUUGGUCGAAGGUCCAUCGGCCUUUGAAAUCGCCAGGAUGUCAAGAUCGGCGAAAAAGUCAUACAGUUUCCGAUCGCUGAAGCGUCCCAAUGGUCUAUCUAAAGCGCCAAUGCUGCCCACACAGCCCCAGCCAUCUGCCAAGCCCAAGCAUGGUGGUGGUGGUGGAACAGGCAACAGAGGCGGCGCAGACACGCGCUCACUUGUCACCACGUCACAACAAAUUACAGUGACCAUUGCCAUAGCUACAGCUGGAAUCGACGCCAUGUUGUUGAAACUCAAGGGAAAGAGUGAAUAUGUAAUGUUGAUGGAUGACCAUCAUACUGUUUGUUCGGGCGCACUCUCAGUCUUGUCUUAUAUCAUAAAGAAGGCAACAGUUUACCAACCUAGUUGGAGGAUAUUAAGAACGUCAUACGACACCAAUGGUCUAUUGAUUGCCGAUGCCGAGCUGGAACCACUGGCCAACUACCUAUACGAGAACAGUCAUAUCAAGCCUGCCAGUGUCCUGUUUGCCGAGUGGAUGUGCGGAAUGACAGAGAUGGGACUUGAUAGAGCAGGCAAGUGUACGUACAAACCAAUAAGCUUGUCAUUCAGAUGGAACUUGAUGGAGGACUCAGAUAUGCUGGGGAACAAUGGCGCACAUGCUACUUGCUGGUCAGAUUACAAAGAGUUUGUCUCUGACUUUGAGGAGUACAAUGACGACGAGUGUCCUGAGGACGACAUGUCGCCCUGCGUCCAGUAUAACCCAUCCCUAUCGAUGACGAGCGAGCUUGGUAGCAACUCAGUGUAUCUAAACAAUUAUAUCAAGCGCGUCGAGGACAUGUCCGACAAGGACAACAAGGUCAAGUACAGUCUGCGGAUGGAAACUAGAGUGCGUCCGACAAUUUAUGAAGCCGAACACACUGUGGAGCGAGAGGUACAGCAUGACAGCAACGCCUCCAAGAAGGUUCCGGGCAACUUUGGUCUGAUAGCCAUUUGCUUCCUGUUCGUGGCGUUGGUGGUGUUCAUAGCAGUGGUCAUCAAUCAGUAUAUUCAAAGGCGACAGUUAUAUCCACGUGGAAGUGGAGGCAACCUUAGCAACGGCUUUUACAAGAAGGACUAUCAUUCAUUGUUGAGAUACAACAAA